AGUUGCCGCACGAACAUUCGCGAAUUCAGUCGACAGUUAUAAUCGGAGCGCCAUUACAGAAUGUUUAAAGCCAACGGUACAAAUUUACUAGAUCUUCAGCCUGAGCAGGUGAGCAAUUGGCUGAAGAGCUUUGAUACCAUUAUCAGUGAUUGCGACGCUACCUUGUGGCAUGAUGAUACUGCCAUAGAAGGCGCUGCCGAUGUACUGAAUGCGUUGCAAUCGCGUGCGGGCAAAAAGGUUUAUUUAAUUACAAAUAAUGGCCUUAAGACGCGACAUGAAAUUUGGCAGCGAGCACAACGACUGGGCUUCCAACUGCCUAAUGAGACGCACAUCAUCUCGCCUACGCAAACAAUUGUCGAUUAUCUAAAGCAGCACAAGACAUUCGACAGCACAAAACGGGUUUAUGUGGUCGGAAAUGCGGCAAUUACGCGGGAACUGAAGGACGCCGGCAUUGAGAGCUUUGGCGCGGGGCAGGCGGAGGAACUGCAGCCGGACAACAAGUGGCAGCAGUUUGUGCUGCGGGAAUUUAGCCAGCCGGCAGCUGUGGCCAAUGUGGGUGCCGUUGUUGUGGGCUGGGAUGAGUACUUUAGCUACUGCAAAAUGUCCCGUGCCUGUCACAUUUUGUGCAGCAAUCCCGAGUGCGCUUUUCUCGUUACGAACAAGGAUGCGGUGCACAAAUAUCCGUCAUUUCACAUACCCGGCACAGGCGCCUUUGUUGCCGCCAUCGAAGCCUGUGCAGAGCGCAAGGCUUUGGAAAUGGGAAAACCAAAUCCUUUGGUCAUCGAGCCGCUACUCAACUCAGCUGCACUGAAGCCCGAGCGUACGCUAAUGAUUGGAGAUUGCUGCAAAGUCGAUGUCACCUUUGCGAGGAACUGCAAUAUGCAAUCUCUUCUCGUAGGCACAGGCAGCUAUCAACUGGAAACAUUGCGUGGGAAUCCCCAGCUGCCAAUGCCAGAUGUUUAUCUACCCAAACUGGGCAAUCUAUUGCCAUAUAUUUAAGCGUCGAUCGAUUUCUAAAUAACAAAACGAGAAUAUAUAUCAAUAUCAUAUCAUUUAUCAUA